AUGGCCUUUGCUCUGGUGUUAGAUCUAGAGCAAGAUCUUAGGCAUCCAUCAUGGAAGCCAGGCGAUACCAUCCCAAUUGGGGAGGAACCUUCGUCAUCUAAAGAGGUUCUAGAAGUGAUUAGGGCGAAAGUGGUGGUCAACAAAGGAAAGGGAAAGUGGAAUCGCAAAUCCAUAGGCUCUAUUCUAGUAGCUAAUUGUGGCAUUUUUGAGGUGGAGGUGGGAGACAAGAGGCGAGGGAAGACAAUCGAGUAUCAAACAGAUUUAGAGGAUAAGAGUGCUCAUCGUAAGAAGGUAUAUGCUUUAGGAUCCUCAUUGCUCAAUUCAUCGAUAUUGAUGGGUUAA